UCAUGAAUAUAUCAAACAGGAAACGAUAAGGUAUAUACAGUAAACAUCAACAGUUGUUACAAUGUCAUGGCCAAAGGACGUACAUGGAGGCAAAGAAAGAGGAAAGUCAAAGCUGACCCCAGCCUGUUUGACUCUAAAUAUGUCCAUCUACUCAAAUGGAUGAGGGCAACUGACAAUUUCAAGCCACCAUCCUUAUCUCCUCGGGUUUUUCCCAAUACUGGUCGUGGUUUAAUGACAGUAAAACCUUUACAACCAGGGGAUGUUCUGAUAUCUGUACCAGCAGGACUAAUCAUCACUACAACUGUUGUCCUUGACAGUGAUGUCUCAUCCUUAAUCAAAAGAUGCAACCCACCAAUCACUGCUCAGGCUGCCCUCUCUGUAUUCCUAUUGGCUGAGAGAGCUAAAAGCAGUGAUUCAGUUUGGAGCAGUUAUAUUUCAAUGUUACCAUUGGAAUUUGACACCAUCACUAACUGGGAAACUGAGGCAGUAGAUGCCUUACCACCAUAUACAUCACGUCUGGCACAGAAGAGUUUGAAGACUUUUUAUGAUGCUUAUGCAGCAAUCUCUCAAUGCUGCUGUGCACUUGAUUAUCCUUACCUCACCAGUGUUUUGACUUGCAAGAAAAAUUUCCGGUGGGCAUGGAAUGUUGUCAACACUCGAUGUGUUUACUUUGAGGUUCCGACUUCUCCUUACAUUGAAGAAUCUGGAAAGAAUUGUGCUUUGAUUCCAUAUCUAGACUUGUUGAACCAUUCACCUGAUGCAAAGGUUAUUACUGAGUUCAACAAAGUCACAAAUUGUUUUGAGAUUCUUACCUUGGACAGCUAUAGAAAAUAUGACCAAGUUUUCAUCAAAUAUGGACCACAUAAUAAUUCAGAGCUGCUUGUGGAAUAUGGUUUCAUCAUUCCUGAUAAUCCUCAUAAUUUUUAUGAAUUUUCUUUCGACACCAUCAGAGACUUUUCAACCUGCCUCGAUAUUGCUUGCUUUCGGCAAAAGGAAGAAAUACUUGAGAAAUAUAACCUGAAAAAGCAAUUACACUAUCUUGGAGAUGCAGGAAUUUCCUGGAACCUACAGUCGGUCUUACACAUUCUUAAUAUGUCUUGGCAAGAACUGAAUUGCUGGGAGUCCUGUUUGUCUAAGAAAGAAUGGCCACCUGAGGUUUUGGAGUUUACCAUAAAUCUUGUCAAGUUUAUCAUGGACAAACAUUCAUCAGAACUGCAACUGUUGGAACCAAGGACACAGAAGCUAAAAUAUGGGGAACAAGUGAGAAGACUCUGGCAAGAAGAAGUGAACAUUCUGAACGAAAUGAUGAAGGAGUUGAACUCUGAAAAGGCUUUAAAUCUGUGACUUGAAGCAAUCUUUUGAAAAUUCUUGGACAUCCAACAUUUCUUGUGCCAGAGGCCGGCACUGAAGUAGGGUCCUCCCAAGGGAUCUAGCCUAGCUGGCCGAAAGCAAUUGCAACUGCCCUGAUAAAACCACUUGCCCCCUCAACAACAACUGCCUACAGAAGGACCUCGUCUACACAUGCGAGGUACGAUCAGGCCCCGAUGAUAAAAGAAAAUCGUACAUCGGAAUGACGUCAAACAGCUUUAAGACUCGUUGGUACGCCCACACACAUUCGUUCCGGUGACCUGACAAAUCUAACCAAACUACUCUCGCCGCCCACAUCUGGUACCUUAAAAGGAACUCCAUCCCCUUCAAGUGGAGACUACUACAGAGGGCGCGUUCGUACACAGGAGCCCAUACCUGCUGUGACCUUUGCAUUUCUGAGAGCCUGGAGAUCUUGUUCGCCAAAAGCCCUCUCCUCAACAAGAUCUCGGAACACUCCCCAAAUUGUAUGCACAAAAUUUAUGCAAACUACAAAAACUACAGACCCACCCGGCAACCCGAUUGACGACACCCCAUCCACAAACACCCCCACCCCCACCGUUCCCUCAGCACCCCCAAUUACCUUCUCUCCUAAGACUAUUCACAUAUUGUAUAUGUACACAUGUAUAGAUAUGUAUGGGUGUAGGUAUGAAUAUACAUAUGUAUGUGUGUGCGUGUAUUUACAUGCGUGUAUAUAUAUGUAUAUAUA